GGUUUAAUCUGGUUUCGACAGAGCAAGGAAGAGCAAACGGAGCCAUGGCGUCUGCUUCUUACACAGAAGAUCUGACUUGUUCCAUUUGUCUGUCAUUCUUCGCUGAUCCUGUAGUGCUCCUGUGUGGCCACUCUUUCUGCAGAGAAUGUAUUAAUCGUUCUCUGAGUUCACAGCACCAGUGUCCACAGUGUCGAGCAGAUAUCCCAGAAAAGGGGAAAUGUCUUCCAACCAAUCACAGUCUGAAGAGUCUUGUUGAAAAAGAAGUCGACAAGCAGAGGAGAGAGCAUGAAAAUGUCAAAGAGGUUGAUGACUGGUUGUGCCAUGAACAUGAAGAAAGGCUGAAGCUGUUCUGCGUCACUGAUCAGCAGUUAGUUUGUAUCAUAUGCCGUGACGGAGAGAAGCAUCAAGGGCACAAGUUUAAGCCAUUAAAAGAAGCAGCCGCUCCUUUGAGGGAGAAGUUGGAGGCAUAUGUGAAACACAUUGCUGAUGAUAUCAAUGCUACAGAGAAGAUGGCCAGCACACAGAGGGAGGAGAUAGCAAAAACCAAAGACAAGGCUCAGCAGCUGAUGACCCAGAUCAGCAGUCAAUUUAAGGAGAUGCACCAGUUUCUAUUGAAGAGAGAAGAUGAGAUCAAAAAUGACCUGAAACACAAAGAGGAAAAUGAUCUGGAGGAAAUGAGCGAGACAUUAAAAACCAUGGAAACUGCUUUGACUGAGAGUAGAGUUCUAGAGGAAAGCGUAGCGUGUGUUCUGGAAAUCACAGAUUCACAGAGUUUCAUAAAGAGCUGGACUGAGAAUAAAGGCGAGGUGACCCCGGAAGAUUCAUUCAGACCCAGAGCCAGUGAGUUACAAGUGGUUAAUGCCUCUCUCACCUUAGGGCCAUAUGAAAGUCACCUGCAGUUCUUCAUAUGGAAGGAGAUGCUUCAGGUUGUUCAGCCCCGAGCAGAACUUCUAUCACUCACAAGUGGCAUUAACAACAUAACAGUGUCUGAUGAUGGGAGAAAUUUGAUGUAUAGUCCCAUAAUCAUCAAAUCUCAGGGUUGCCAACAAUCUUAUGGAUACAGGUCUUCAUACUGUAGUUACUCUGGCCGCAAUUACAGUUCUAAUGUAAAUGUCCCUUGCAGGGAGGACACCUCAGUACGGGUUGCUUCUGCAUUAAGCUCCAAUGACUUCACCUCAGGGCAGUAUUACUGGGAAUUAGAGGUUGGAAAACAGGACUAUUGGAAAGUAGGAUUAGACAAAUAUUACUUGAGCUAUGCUCAAACAAAGUAUGUCACAUCAGAUCAAGGUAAAGAGUUAACAUUGACAGGUAGACCACAGAAGAUUGGAAUUUACCUAGACUGCCUAUCAAAGAAGCUGUCUUUCUAUGAUGCAGAAAACAUGACUCAUAUUCACACUAUGAGUACGUCUGUCCCCGCUAAAGCAUAUUUUGAAUACAAAUUUAGUCAGGCAGCAGAUCAUGACCCCCCCAGAGUGUGCUGGUUCUAAAGUCUGGGAUCAUGGGGCAACAGGAAAUUCCAAAGCUGCGGCGAACCUCCCCAGAUUGGUUCUUAGCUUUCACAUCGUUAUGCUGUUUGUGAUGAUUUCUAACAUUAUGAAUAUGCUCAAAACUGAAGCACGAGAUGAGGAUUUCAUUAAGGAAGGAAGAGUCUCAGAUGCUAAAUCUAAAUACCCUUAAACACUUCCUCAGUUUUGUUCCUUUCUACAUCAAUUUUUUUAAACCUUGUACUGCCCAUGAUGUUUCAUGUCACCUUACUAAACUGCAUAAUAUAAAAUGACUGUUGUUUAACAUGACUUGGCCAGAAUAGACCAUUAGUGUGGCUGUAUACAAAGGAAGACACUCUGUAACUUACAUUAAUAAUAAUGAUAAACAAAAGUAAAGAAAAAGCACAAAGUAAAGAUAAAUAACACCAUGUUGUUUAAUCUACACAGGAUUUAUGAAAACAUUACGACUUGUGUGUUGCUGUGUAUUGUUCCUUUAGUGAGAGGUUUGUGCUUCAGUGUGGAGAAUGUUGUUAAUACACUUUUUGAGUCUAAAACUAAAUGGUUACAAAGAGCGAAAGUUUGUGUUGAUCCAAAAUGAUUGUAAUUGAUUUUGUGCAACUGAUAUAUAUGCAAAUAAAACUUUUUUGUGGAUAUAUUA